AUGGAAAACUUCCAGGGACUGAAGUUCGCGGCGAAGGCGCCAACAGGAAGCAGCGCCUACGGAAAGGAGGACGGGAUCGAGGUGAAAUUCGACAGGAAGGAAGACGACAACUUUGUGUACGCGACGUACGAACAUGUGGAGACGCAAGUGCAGAAGGAGGGGAGCAGUGGCAGUGGUGGAAAAGGUGGCGCAGGGGGAAAGGUCACGUUCUCUUGCAAGAAGGUGAGCACGAGCUACGAAAUCAAGGUGGAGAAAAUGAAGGAGAAAAAACUGGGGGUGUUAUUAAUCGGCAUUGGAGGAAACAACGCCACGACGUUGUUAGGAGGAAUCUGUGCAAACGCGAAGAAGCUAAUGUACACAAAUAAGUACGACGUGAAGAAGGCAAACUAUUUGGGCAGUGUCUUCCUCUCUUCCAACGUGAGGCUAGGCUAUGAUGCAAAGAGUCGAGAGCAUUCCUAUUGUCCCAUACACAAGCUAAUCGAGGUGUACAAUCCGGAGAAUAUCACCUUCGGAGGAUGGGAUCUUAACAAUCUGAAUUUAAAAGAUUGUCUUAUGCGAAACAAAGUAUUUGAACAAGACUUGGUAGAAAAAAUAAAAGACGACAUGAACUACGUCCCACUGAAGAGUGUCUACUUCAAAGGUAAUUUCAUUGCAGCCAAUCAGCAGAAGAGAGUAAACAAUAUUCUUGUGGGAAACAAUAAGCUAGAAGUUCUGGAACAAGUGAGAGGACAGAUCUGUAGCUUUAAGAAGGCAAAUAAUUUAGACGAAGUAAUUGUCCUAUGGUCUGGGAACACUGAGAAGAACAUUCCAUACAUCGAAGGGGUGAAUGAUACAUAUGAAAAUAUCCUUCUGGCAUGUAAGAAUAAUCACCCAUCUGUUUCUCCAAGUAUUGUGUAUGCCUUGGCCUCGAUUUUGGAGAACUCUCCCUUUAUCAACAGCAGUCCCCAGAAUACUCUCGUCAGUGGUGUGGUACAUCUGGCUGAGCAGAAAGGCAUCUUCAUCGUCGGAAAUGACUUGAAGACGGGCCAAACGAAGAUCAAGAACUUCCUCCUCGACUUUUACUUCGGCACGGGCCUGAAACCGAAGAGUAUCGUCUCGUACAACCACCUCGGAAACAACGACGGAAAGAACCUCUCCUCGGAGCUCCAAUUUUACAGCAAGAAAAUCUCAAAGAGCAACCUCAUCUGUGAUUACGUCAAGGCGAAUGAGCAUAUGUACGCUGACGAAGAAGAAGAGGCAGCCCUGUCCAGUAAAUUCAUCAAACAGAGUGCAGACUACUGCAAGGGAGACAGCCUGUUGUCCACCUCCACGGACGUCACAGAUCUGGAAGCGGAUUACGCAUAUGCAGAGGCGAUAGAAAAGCAGAAGGUUAACAGCGAGAUUGUUAUAAAGUAUGUCCCCUAUGUAGGAGAUGAUAAGAAAGCCAUCGAUGAGUAUAUUAGUGAAAUUUUUAUGAACGGGAAGAACACAAUUUCGCUGUAUAAUGUUUGCCAGGAUUCUCUGUUGGCUUCUCCCAUUUUGAUUGAUUUAAUUCUUUUGGUGGAAUUGUCUCAGAGAGUUUACUUUAAGGGUCCAUCUUUAAGUGCCUCGGGAAUUGUUCCCGGUGCGCAGUCCAAGAUCAGCAACCCUAUUAGCGUUGGUCCGGAUUAUAAAUUGGCUCACACCAUUGUAAAAGCGAAGUAUCCGGAAUUUAAAAAAAUGGAAUGUGUUCUCUUCUUAUCCAGUCUUUUCUGUAAAUCUCCCUUCAAUUCAAGUGUGUACAAAACGAGGCACUCUUUCUUUUCCCAGCUGGAGAGUCUCUGCAACUAUGUACGAAUCAUUUGUGGUCUCCCCGUGGACGACCACUUGGACCUCCCCUACAUGAUCUAA